AUGUGGAACAAAGCAACCAUUUGUAAACUCUUAUGGAACUUGGCUCAAAAGAAAGACAAGAAUUUUUUUAGUGCCAUAAAAACAUUUCUUAGUCUUCCUAAUGGGUUGUCUGUACUUCAUAACUCUAGCUUCUCAAUCAGGAAGGUUUAUAGUUCCAUGAGAGGGGAUGUCAUUAAGAAGGUUGGUGCAAUUUUUGAUCAGCAAUGCGUACUCUGUAAUAAAGAGGAUGAAACCUUAUGUCAUCUUCUAUUUAAAUUUGACUUUUCAACUGCGAUUUGGAGUAAUAUUUUGAGAUGGGUUGGUAUCUCGAGAGCUCCGGAAGACUGGGCUACUGAGUUGCAGAUUUUCAAUACCAGGUUCAACUCCAACUCUCCUCUACAUCAAGUUUACAGGAUGUCUCUUAGCAUCACUGUUCACAGCAUUUGGAGAGAACGAAAUUACAGAAAAUUCAGGAAGAUUAAGCAGAAUUUUCAGAGAUUGUCUACUGAGAUUAAGAUGCAAAUUUGUGCUAGAAGCCUAAUGAAGAAGAAGCUUCAGCGUUGGUGCCUUAAUAUUGUUUUUGUAGGCACUGGUUGUUAG